AUGGUAAACGUUCAGAUGGUCCUGUUCUUGUUCGCUCUUCUGGUUUCUUCCACGGUCACCAUACAACGAGUGGGUACGAUGGUGGCAAAAUCUUUCAGUAUUUGUAAUUCCUACAAAGAGGCUGGAUUCAAAUGCAUUGGGUGCCAUGAACGUCUCGUAUGCUUACCAUUUAAUAUAGGAUUUACAUGGACUUGUGGACAUAUACACCCUUACUGCAAUAACGGAUUUUGUUCAAAGACAAUGGGUUCAAUGUGCACUAGUGAGACCACCGACAUGAGUGCUUCAUCUGCGACUCCCUCAGCUUCAGAAGGGAAUGCCACUGCUUGCACUUCUGAAUCAAGUAGAACUUUCAGCGAUAUUGAUAUGUAA